GAAAAACCGCGGCGGGAAGAAACAUAACGACGUCGUCGGCGCCGCCUUCAACUGUCUGUCCGUCUCUGUCUGUGUCCUGUCGCUGCGCGGAGCUCUUGUGCUGGUAAUCGGACGAUCAAGCUCGACAUCUUGCCACAUGAGAAGCUGCAGCUCCCGUGCGAGCUCAACACUCACUCCCAGUUCACUGAAUUUGAGCUUUGGCCGUUCAAUCGGCGGCUUCAAUAGUAGGCGCCGAUGCAUUUCGUUGGCGGCCAUUUCAAGGUCUUCGCGGAUGUCCGUAUCUUGUGCAGUUCAGUUCAGACCCUGCAUUGACAUACACAAGGGUAAAGUGAAACAAAUUGUCGGGUCAACUCUGAGGGAUUUGAAGGAUGGUGAUUCAACUCCAACGACCAAUUUCGAGACGGACAAGUCUCCUUCAGAAUUUGCGAAUUUGUACCGGCAAGAUGGGCUCACUGGGGGUCAUGUGAUAAUGCUAGGUGCAGAUCCUCUUAGCAAAGCUGCUGCUAUUGAAGCAUUGCGUGCCUACCCUGGCGGAUUGCAAGUUGGAGGAGGAAUCACUUCAGAAAAUUCUCUGAGUUAUAUAGAUGAAGGAGCUAGCCAUGUCAUCGUCACAUCAUAUGUGUUCAGUAAUGGCAAAAUGGACCUCGAGAGGCUUAAAGACCUUGUCCAUGUUGUUGGAAAACAGAGACUGGUUUUGGAUCUUAGCUGCAGGAAAAAGGAAGGUAGAUAUGCUAUUGUCACCGAUAGAUGGCAGAAGUUUAGUGAUGUAUAUCUGGACGAGAAGGUUUUAGACUUUCUUGCUGGCUAUGCAGAUGAGUUCUUGGUCCAUGGUGUAGAUGUUGAAGGGAAAAAGCUUGGAAUUGAUGAAGAGCUCGUGGCUUUGCUCGGCAGACAUUCUCCUAUUCCAGUAACAUAUGCAGGUGGUGUCACGGUGAUGAAUGAUCUAGAGAGGAUAAAAUUAGCUGGGAUGGGACGCGUGGAUGUGACAGUGGGUAGUGCAUUGGAUAUCUUCGGGGGGAACCUACCCUACAAGGAUGUCGUUGAAUGGCACUACUCUCAGCAGGAAGCAUUGGCAGCUUAAGUUCUCUUCAUGGGAUUCGCCUCAAUUGCUUUUGUUUCAAGUCCUCAUGAAUGAUUUCUAUUGUAUGUUUAUCCUAGCAGAUAGAUGUCGGUUUUUGUCCAAGGCUACUACUUAUUUUGUCUUUUUUCUGUCGGAACUUGGGUGUACUUCUUGGGUUGGAUCAUUCAAGGUGACAUUAAUGUAGAGAACCAUAACUCGUUGCAACCAGGGCUUUCUUCCCCUUUGGUUUCUUGUCAAAAUGGCAUCUUGGUUGAGUAA